UCCUGGUUCUCGCUCUUCGCCUCCAAGUGUAAUUCGAACACGGAGGUGACCUUUCCCAGUAACCGUUUCUCUCUUCGUUCCCGACUCACCAAUCUCGCAAAACCUAACCCUAGCGCUAGCCUUAGCCUCCACAGCAGCUCGUCAGACCACAAAAACCCUAAUCCUCUUUGAUCACAUAUGGCCGAGCACCACAAAAACAACCACAUGAAUGCGUCUUCUUCUGUUGCGGCCGCCGCUGAUGCUGAUAUGGCCACGGCUAUAGUAAUGGCGAUUGACGGAUCGGAGGAGGACUCGGUUUUGUCGGGUUCCCAGUUCCUGAGUCGGGAAGAGGUCCUGAAGCGGCGAACUCGCCGGCUUAAGCAACUGGUGGAGAUCUACAAAGAGUACUACUGGGCUUUGAUGGAGGAGCUUAAGCUCAAGUAUAGAGAGUACUAUUGGGACUACGGUAAAAGCCCCUUCGUUCAGGAAGAAGACGAUGACCACCACCAUAGGGACAUGGGCAACAACUCUGUUCCUGGAACAGCAACACUGGCACCAGAGGACAAUCAGAAUAGCAAAUUGGGGUCGGGAUCGGGGUUGGGGACCGGCAGUGGGAAUACGUGUGAGGUACAUGGGUGCAAGAUGAAGGCCAUGGCUCUCACCAGGUUUUGUCACGCCCAUAUAUUAUCCGAUGCCAAGCAGAAGCUUUACAAGGGCUGCACCUAUGUCACCAAAAGUUCAACUACCGGUCCUACUUUUUGCAUGAAACCAAUAUUGAGAGCUGCUGUUCCUUCUCUCUGCUCUGUUCAUCUACAAAAGGCUGAAAAACAUGUGACGAGGGCACUGAGGAAGGCAGGUCUUAAUGUUACUUCUACAAGUAAACUUGCUCCGAAGUUCCAUGUCGUAGUUGCGGAAUAUGUCCGGCAAAUUCAAUCCAAACGGAGAGCUGCACAGAAGGCACUUGGUGAUGCUUUGGAGAAGAAAGAGGGUGAUGCUAAUUGAAGAUUUGGAUGUGAAGAUAAAAAUUGUUUGUUAUAGCUUUGUGAACUUAGUGGAACAGACAGCAAGGAUGGAACUUUAUGGCUGAUUGGAAUUGGAUGAACCAAGACUGAGUUUUGGAUGGGGCAUGCGUUUGUCCCUUGGCCAGGAAAAAGACUUUUGCCUAUUGAAGUGGGUGGGGGAGCAUUUAUGGAGCUGUCAAAAGGUGCUAAGGAGUUGACAAAAGUUUAAAAUCUCUGGUUCAAAUGAUGUGGAUGGGUGUUUGUCUGUGGUGGAACGUGGGAAUACUGUUGGAUAUUAGCUGGAAGUUGAUCACUUUAUUUGUGACAGAUCCUUCUGGCACCACUUACAGGGAUGUCUGGGGAACAAGAUAAGUUAGCUAAUGUUCCUCUUAAAUAUCUUUGGUGUUGAUUCCGUCUUUGAGGUUUCACCUUCUUUCUAUGAAUAUGCCAUUCGUUUUAUGAGAAGAUUGGUCAAGAGAACUGAGUAAUUUGAUUUUGCAGUGUCAGGAGCCAGUUUGUUGCAGCCGUGUAGAUUGUACUUGGAAGCUGGUACAUGCUUGCCAGGGUGAAGUCCUGGAUGGAGUUCAUAUUAAAAAAUACGGUGGUAGCAAGGGGAAGACAAAUCUUCUGCCUGGACUGAAGUGCGGGGGAGUAAUGCUUGUGAAGAGCCGCGUCUGACAUUUAGAGCAAACCCUUUGUGUUGGCCGAGAGUUCUGUGCUGUUGCAUUUUAGCAUCCAUAAGCUUUUCUGGUGAUAGAUGAAAUUACCUGGAAAUAGUUCUGAUUUUUGACAAUUGAUACAAAAGCACUUGUGUUCCAUUUGUCAAAACUCUUUACACAAUAUAUCAGGGUUUAUCUGUCUGGAAGUAGUGUAGAACAUUUAGUUAUGGAAUCACACUAUGAAAUUGAGUAAAUAUGAGAAUGGGAAUGGUUUCAUGUAUUUGGGCA